AUUCCUCGUAAUUUUAUUAUCCCUUUCCUCUCAUCGAAGCCCUCCCCUGCCUUCCCAGUUUCUGAUAGACCAUGAAAUUAAAUCAGUUAAAUUUUGAAACCCUAAACCUAAUUUCAAGGAUUCCGCUUGUUAGUCUAUGUUUCAUCGGAUAUUUUUAAAGAUAUCUGUUCAGCGGGAAUAGCGAGCCGUUAACGCCUUUAUUUUCAAUUACGCUGCUUUUUGCGGCCGUGAUAACUGCUAUUGAGUGUGGUAAUGGCUUUUUCUGACGAUGAGGAAGAAGAGGCUCAACUCCGUUCUGUCUCAAAUUACUAUUUUCAUGAUGAAAAAGAUGAGGCGGUUUGCUUUACUAAGUUGCCCCUACAACCUGUGGGAAAAGAAUGCUCAAGUGAUGGAUCUAAAACGAAUAUAUUUUUGAGAGGAGUAGCUGAUGAUGGGCUCUUACAAAUUUGCAAGCUUGUCACUGCCUGGAAAUUCGAUCUGUCUAAUGUUGGGAUGCCAGUUAUUUCUGUUUUAAGUAAAGAAAAUGGGUGGCUUAAGCUACAGAAGCCAAGGAAGAGCUUUGAGCCUGAGAUUAGAAGUGUUUUAAUAACGCUUCAUUGUUUGCAUCUUCUUAGUAGGAAACCCGAUUUGUCUGGGAAAUCAUUGUGGGAGCAGUUAGCUAAAACUUUUAGUUUGUAUGAGGUAAAACCUUCACAGAAUGAUUUGGUGGAUCACAUGGAUUUGAUUGCCGAGGCUGUUAAAAGUGAUGAUUCAUUAGCAAAAUCCAAGUUUUUGCACUCAUUUUUGGAGGAGAGGCCCAAAAAGCGGAAACUUGUUAAUGAGAAUGCUCGAGCCACAUCAAUUUCUGGAUUUAUAGUUAAUGAUGCAGUUGAUGACCCUGAGCUAGAUGAUUCCAACCAUAAUGAUGACCAUGAGCUGGAUGAUUCCAAUCAUGAUGAUGAUGAAGAUGACUUGUAUGAUUCAGUUUGUGCUAUUUGUGACAAUGGGGGUAAUAUUAUAUGUUGUGAUGGAAGGUGUAUGAGAUCAUUUCAUCCUACUGCUGAUGAAGAGUCUGCAUGUGAAUCUGCGUGUGAAUCUCUUGGCCUUACUCCGAAGCAAGCUAAAGCAUUGGAAACUUUCUUAUGCAAGAAUUGUGAACAUAAUCAACAUCAGUGCUUUGCUUGUGGGAUGUUAGGCUCUUCUGAUAAGUCCUCUGGUGCUGAGGUCUUUUGCUGCAGUAAUGCAACCUGCGGUCGCUUUUAUCAUUCACAUUGUGUGGCAAAAUUGCUCCAUAAGGACGAUAAAGUUGCUGCUGAAGAGCACGGGAACAAAAUUUCAGCAGGGGAAUUUUUUACAUGCCCCACUCAUAAAUGUUGUGUUUGUCAACAAGGAGAAAACAAGAAAGUCGAGGAGAUGCAAUUUGCUUUGUGUAGACGUUGCCCCACAUCAUACCACAGGAAAUGCUUACCAAGAGAGAUUGCAUUUGAUGAUAUAGAGGAGGAAGGUGUUAUGCAAAGGGCUUGGGAUGGUCUUCUUGAAAAUCGUGUACUGAUUUAUUGCUUAAAACAUGAGAUUGAUGAUGAACUAGGGACUCCAAAAAGGGACCAUAUAAAAUUCCCUUUUGAUGAAACAACGAAAAGAAAAGCAUCAGAUGUGCUCAAAAGUCAUGAAAAGGUUGGCUUGAAGAAGAGAAGUCUUGUGUCAGAAGACACUUCACUAGGAAGAACUGCCAUGAAAGCAACAAAGCAAUCUUCUGUUGUUACUGGUGAAGCUAGAAAAAAGAGUGAAGUUACUCCUGGGAAAAAAACCCUAAAGAAAGUCAAAGCCACUGACCCAUCUGAAAAGCCUUCAAGGCAGAUAUCAAAGCCUGUGUCAAUGGAUAUGGGCAAAUCCUCUGCUACUGGUGGAAACAAGAGCUCUGGGGACAAAUUAUUCGCUUUUAUGACUCAGGAGAGUGAGCAAGUUAAGACUGGGAGACAAGAUACUCUCAAAGGUGGUCUUAAUAAGGCUGCAAUGGACAGUUCUACUGCAAAAAGUAAAAGCUCAGUAAUGCCUUCAUUAGAUGCUGAUUCUGAGAAAAGAUUACUCGAUUUAAUGAAGGAGGCUGAAUCAUCAGUAACUUUAAAAGAUAUAACAGCGAAGCAAAAUCUCCCAUCUACACACAAACAUUCUUCAAAAAGUACUAUUGAAAGAAUUACACUUGGAAAGAUAGAGGGUUCAGUUGAGGCUGUUCGAAUGGCUUUAGCAAAACUAGAGGAUGGCUGUAGUAUUGACGAUGCUCAAGCUGUUUGUGAGCCAGGGGUUUUAAACCAGAUUUUAAAUUGGCAGAACAAAUUCAAAGUAUAUCUUGCUCCUUUCCUAUUUGGCAUGCGCUACUCAUCGUUUGGUCGCCAUUUUACCAAAGUGGAUAGACUUAAGGAGAUUGUUGAUAGACUUCAUUGGUAUGUGCAAGACGGUGAUACGAUUGUCGACUUUUGUUGCGGUGCUAAUGAUUUUAGUUUAAUAAUGAAAAGAAAGCUUGAAGAGACGGGGAAGAAUUGCUCAUUCAAAAACUAUGAUAUUUUCCAAGCAAAGAAUGAUUUUAAUUUUGAGAAGAAAGAUUGGAUGAGCGUGAAACCAAAUGAAUUGCCGAAAGGUUCACAAUUGAUAAUGGGUCUAAAUCCUCCUUUUGGAGUUAAAGCUGCUUUGGCAAACAAGUUCAUUGAUAAGGCCCUUGAAUUUAAACCUAAACUUUUGAUCCUUAUUGUUCCACCAGAAACGGAAAGGUUGGAUGAAAAGAAAUUUUUGGAACCUCCUUAUGAACUCAUUUGGGAGGAUAAUAACUUUUUAUCUGGAAAGUCAUUUUAUCUGCCUGGUUCUGUUGAUGCAAAUGACAAACAAAUGGAUCAGUGGAAUGUGAUGGCUCCGCCUCUCUAUCUUUGGAGUCGUUCUGAUUUUUCAGCUAACCACAAGAGCAUAGCUGAAAAACAUGGUCAUCUUCCCAAGGAAUCAGAGAGUUUAGAUCAGGAAAUGGUUAUUGAUGAGACAAACAUGUCUCAAAUGCCAUUGGAGGAUGCUGCUCUUCUUAAUGAUGCUUCUGAGUUGAAAGAUCAUUUGCAAAAUCAUGAAGUUGAGGAAUAUAAACAAGAGAAAUCUGUGUCGGUGACUCCGAAAGUGUGCUCACCUCAUCAGCAAAGUGAUGAGAAGAACCAAUCCAGGAAAACCUCGAGUAAGACUCCUCAGCAAAAUGAUGAGAAGAACCAAUCCAGGGAGACCUCGAAUAAGAGUAAUCAGCAAAGUGAUGAGAAGAACCAGUCCAGGGAAACCUCAUGUAAGCUUAAAAGAAAGCAUACUGAAGAGAAUCAUGGAAGGGGAAUUGAUAAAAAGAGUGGAGGAAGGACUCCAAGAAGCGAGACGCAUGGUGGAAUUCCUAACUCUUCUCCAUCCAAUGUGAUGGGUAGCAGAUCCUCAGUGGAAGGUGCCUCCUUCAAAUCGCCAAACCAACAUCAGAACCCUGCCAUGCAUGGUUCACAUAUUCCGCAUGGAACAUUGUAUGGCGACUCCAGGACCAGUUUUAGUGAUGACAUGGGAAGAAGGUACAACAUGACAAAUGACCCCUAUUCUGUUGGUGGCCGCAGUCAUGGUUAUGGACAUUACACCAAUGAAAUGGCUAGAGAAUUUGGCAUGCGCUCACAAGCUCAUUUCUAUGGUCAAGUUCCUGAUCCGUCUUCUCAGAGGGCUGGACUUAACUCUGGUUUUGGUCCAACACCACCCUCUUAUGGACAACACCCCGGUGCUACAAUGAAUCCAUCCUACAGGAUGCAUAUGUCUGCAACGCAGCGAUAUGCUCCUCGUCUAGAUGAAUUGAACUACGCUAGGAUGGGCCCAGCAGGGCCUGAGCCACCAAUGGGAAAUAGAAGUGCUUUUUAUGAUCCUCGUGCACCCCGACCUCCAUAUCCUAUGGGUUUCGCUCCUGGUCCAUACCACCCGUACUCGCAUCAGAAUUCAGCUGGUUGGCUCAAUGAAUAGAUGGUUCAUCAUCCAUCAUCUGUAGGGGAUGAUAUUCAGAAUUUUGGUUUUUGAACCCUUUAACCUGAUCCUCUAAUGCUGACAUUAAUGAUCUUGCUGUUCGGCUCAGGUUUCAGCCAAUUUUCACUUUUGUUUCAUGUCAUGGUAAUGCUAUCUAGGGUUGUUCUUAGGUAAGGAGUUUAAUUAAGAUUAGGGUAUGGAAUAGCUGCAUAAUAUGUACUCGUCUCUUAUCGUAAUCUUAUUUUAUGUUCAUUAUCUAGAUUUAUCC